GCUUAGGACGAUAUUUUUCUAGCCAAAUUUCUUUCAUUUUAAAAAAAAAAUGUCUGUGACUAACUCGACCAGAUAUUAUUUUCAUUGAUGAACUGUCACUAUAUUUCUGUUUCUUGCCAUACACAAUUUUUUUUGUAAUCUGAAAUGACAUCAAACCAAAUCCAUUCUAAUUCAUGCUUGUAUAAAGAUGAUUAUAUGGAAGCAGAGUAUACGUAUUCAACGUGUAUUGUAGCAGAAACCAAAAAGGAUGAUAAACAUAGUUUUUCAGCAAACGAAACACAAAGACCAUCACGAUUCCAUGUGGAAAAUAUCACUAGAAAGCUUAUUUUUAGAACGGAACGAUUAAAAGGACGAUUAGGUGUUAUGUUAGUCGGAUUAUCAGGAAAUAAUGCUUCAACCAUGAUAGCUGGAAUCUAUGCUAAUAAGUUAAAGUUAUCAUGGAAAACAAAAACAGGUGUUAAAGAACCAAAUUAUUUUGGAAGUAUGAUGUUAGCAAGUACAACGAAGAUUGGUUUGGAUCAACAUACUAAAAAAGAAGUUUUUGCUCCGAUUUCGAAUCUGUUACCUUUGUGUCACCCUGAAGAUUGGGUGUUUGGAGGAUGGGAUAUUAAUAAUGCAUCGGUAGGAGAUUCGAUGCGAAGAGCUCAAGUUUUAGAUAUACAACUCCAAGAUCAAUUAUACCCCUAUCUUAAAACAAUGAAUCCCUUGCCUGGUGUUUAUAUUAAAGACUUUAUUGCUGAAAAUCAAGAAGAAAGAGCAAAUAAUAUACUUUCAGGAACACUUUGUGAACAGCUUUUAACAAUUCGUAAUAAUAUUCGAGAUUUUAAAAAAAUUAAUAAUGUGGAUCGUGUAAUUGUUUUAUGGACAGCGACAACAGAAAGAUUUUGUUCUCUUAUGCCAGGUGUUAACAUGUCAGCAAUUGAUCUUUUAGCAGCUAUUGAGGAAGGUCAUAAAGAGAUUUCACCUUCUAUAUUAUAUGCGACAGCUGCCAUACUUGAAAAUGCUAGUUUUCUUAAUGGGUCUCCUCAAAAUACUCUCGUUCCCGGCGUUUGUGAACUAGCACAGCAAAAGAAUGUUUUUGUAGGAGGUGAUGAUUUUAAAUCAGGUCAAACCAAAUUAAAGUCAGUUCUCGUGGAAUUCUUAGUGUCUGCUGGUAUCAAACCAACCAGUAUUGUAUCAUACAAUCAUUUAGGAAACAAUGAUGGACAGAAUCUUUCUAGUUUUCCUCAAUUUCGAUCAAAAGAAAUUUCGAAAAGCAAUGUCGUUGAUGAUAUGGUCGAAAGUAAUAAAAUUUUAUAUAAAAAUUCGAAGGAUUAUCCUGAUCAUUGUGUUGUAAUUAAAUACGUUCCAAAUGUUGGUGAUUCCAAACGUGCAAUGGAUGAAUACGUUUCUGAAAUUUUCUUAAAUGGAUUGAACACUAUCGUUAUACAUAAUACAUGUGAAGACUCGCUUUUAGCUGCACCUAUUAUGAUUGAUUUGAUACUCCUUACAGAAUUAUUCGAGAGAAUUUUUGUUCGAAAUGCUACUGCAACCGAAACAGAAGAUACCCAAUUCGUUCGCUUUCAUCCUAUUUUAUCAACUUUAAGUUAUUUACUCAAGGCUCCUCUGGUACCACAAGGAGCGCCUGUUAUUAAUGCAUUAACGGCACAACGUAGCUGUAUAAUCAAUAUACUUCGGGCUUGUGUAGGAUUACCUGCAGAAAACCAUAUGCUUUUAGAACACAAAAUUCCAUUCCUAAUGCAGAAAUAAUUCUUUUAUUUUAAGAUUGUGUCAAAUAAAAAAAGUUUUGUUAUUUUUAAUUAAAAAAUUAAAUUAAAAUUUUUUCAAUUGCAUUCUUUAAUUCCGUUA